UCAUCAUCAUCAUUAUCAUUAUCAAUCAAUAGCUUCUUUUCUGGCUUCGGAUCAACAGCAACACCGCACGCGCCAAUUUAUUCAGGGUCCUUGGUGGAGCUCACUUUAUCGUCGAAUCACAGUAGCCCCCGAGAAACAAGCAUCCACUAAAGAGAAGAAGCUUGACUCUGGAAGAAAUACCAUGGUUGACAGCACUCAUAAUCACCAUCGUCAGCAGUCGUCUAAUGAUCAUCCAUUAGCCGUCAUACCUUGUCAACGUCAAUUCAAUGCGACUGCAGUCGUGCAUGGUAGCCCACUUAUCAAGAGCUGGUUACGCCAUCCCUUCGAUUGGGUGAAUGAUGCACGUACCCAUGCGAUCGUCCAGCAGGAGGAGCAAGACCAGAAGCAACUCCAGCAUGUCCAAAACGACACCCAGUCUCCAGAGAAUACGAUGGCUGGGCAAAGCCCAGACCAGUGCUCAUCCAUAUCAUCGUCUAGCCGAUUCUCGAUCACAUCGACGAUUUCAUCUGCAUCAACCACGACAAGUACGUGUGUAACCUUUAACAACGACCCUUGUUGUAUAACCACAGCAUCGGAUGUGGAUACCGCAACAACAGUAGUGUCAGCAACGGAAGAAGGCAAGCACCUGCAAAAAGCGGAUGUCGUUCUUCAUCGGCACCAUACGGGAAAUAGCUUGCGACUUUUAAGUGUCUGGCUCGUUACACAUUUCCUAUGUAUUGCAUUGACAUCAGCAUGGCAGCAAGAAACGCAUCGGCUACAUUAUGCAAAACAAAGCAAACCAAAACACCACCGCCAACAACAACAACAACAAAAGAGCAGGCGAUUGGCUGCUAUAACCGACAACCGUGUGCUGGCCCCUCUGACCGGAAGCAAAAUUAUUAGCGAUACCGUUCAAGCCAUGGGCCCCCCUAUGGCGACUUUGUGGCUUGAGUAUACCAGACCUGAAAGCCAAGCAGUCAUGGAUCUCGCACGCGAAACACUGGAGUAUUUUGAACAGUGGUAUGGCGAUCAUAGCGAGCAACAACGGGCUGUUGAUGAUUCUGCAGAAAUGAAAACAAUCCAUUGGUUGCGCCAAGUGACCGUGACCUAACUUGUUUUUGCUCGAUACAACAGUAAUAAUAAUAGUAUAAUAACAGCUAGUAGUGUAAGCGAUAAUACUUUCUCAUGUAAUCAUUGUACAGUUCUCAUCUCUUACCUUUCUCCCCCACACCCCACCCCCCCCUGUUUGCAUCAUUUUUCUCAUCAUCAAAAGUAGCGCUUUUUCUUGUCACCACAUCUUCAUGUAUACAUAGUUUCUAGCUAUUUGUUUUAAUCAUUAAAGUAGUACAAU